AUGGCUGCCAUGUCGAAGCAGCCAUGGCCACCGUUUCUUCUUCCUCAUUUAACCCUAGUUUUGCUCUCUUUGAUUCUUCUCCUUUUCCCUAAUCCUUCCUCUUCUCAAUCCGAUUCUCCCCGAAACAUCGAAACCUUUUUCCCAAAUGUCACCGGCCUCCCCGCUCCGCCUCCACCGCUUCCACCUCCGCCGCAAAAUCCACCAUCGUCGUCUUCGGACAGACAAAAGAUCACAAGGGCUGUGCUCAUAACGGCGGCAAGCACGUUACUUGUAGCAGCUGUGUUCUUCUUCUUCGUCCAUAUGUGCCGGCGACGGCGGCGGCAACGACGGAUGGACAGAGUCGGCGUCGAGAACAACACCCUCCAGCCGGUUCCUCCGCUGGCGGAAGCGGCUUUGGCUCGCGAGGGCUUUACCCGAUACGGCGGAAACGUCAAAGGUUUGAUCUUGGACGAGAACGGACUCGAUGUGUUGUAUUGGAGAAAGUCGCAGAGUCAGAGAGACAAUAAAAACGGAAGCUUUCGAAAAGAGAUCGUUCACGGAGAUGAGAAGAAUGUGAUUUAUCCAAGGAACAAGAAGAAAUCGGGACCUGUACCGGAGAUUCCUCUUCUCAGAGGAAGAUCCUCGACUUCUCACAGUGUAAUUCACAACGAUAGUUACCGGAAUGUCGCUACCACACAUCCCCCUCCUCCUCCUCCUCCUGUAAAGUCCGAUUCUUUCGAAUUCGCCAAACCAGAUCCGCCUCCCCCACCGCCUCCUCCAAUUCCGGUUAAACAGAGUGCACCAGCGCCGGCGCCUCCCCCUCCUCCUCCAUCUAGGCCUGUUUCGGCUAAGAACGGUCCUUCUCCGCCGCCACCUCCGCCGUUGAAGAAAACGGCGGCUCUGUCUUCAUCGGCGUCAAAACCACCGCCGGCUCCUAGAGGAUCAUCUUCAGGGGAAGGUUCAAGUGGUGGAAAUGGUCAGGUCAAGCUCAAGCCUCUCCAUUGGGAUAAAGUCAACCCUGAUCCCGAUCAUUCCAUGGUUUGGGACAAAAUCGAUCGUGGCUCAUUCAGUUUCGAUGGCGAUCUAAUGGAGGCUCUCUUCGGCUACGUAGCCGUCGGAAAGAAAUCUCCCGAUCACGGCGGCGAUAACAAAAAGCCCACCUCAGUCUCGCCGACCCAGAUCUUCAUCCUCGACCCGAGAAAAUCCCAAAACACAGCAAUCGUGCUCAAAUCCCUAGGGAUGUCCCGCGACGAGCUCGUGGAAUCGUUAAUGGAAGGCAACGACUUCCACCCAGACACACUCGAGAGGCUCUCGAGAAUAGCUCCGACGAAAGAAGAACAGUCAGCGAUCCUCAAAUUCGACGGCGACGCAACGAAGCUCGCCGACGCGGAAUCGUUCCUGUAUCAUCUCCUAAAGUCCGUGCCUUGCGCCUUCACUCGCAUCAACGCGUUGCUCUUCAGAGCCAAUUACUACCCAGAGAUCACUCACCACAACAAAUCUCUCCAGACGCUGGACUCUGCCUGCGCAGAGCUCAGAUCACGCGGCUUGUUCGUUAAGCUCCUCGAGGCGAUACUGAAAUCUGGGAACAGGAUGAACGCGGGAACAGCUAGAGGAGACGCUCAAGCUUUCAACCUCACCGCGCUUUUGAAACUCUCCGACGUGAAGAGCGUCGACGGGAGAACCACCCUGCUUAACUUCGUGGUGGAAGAAGUGGUUAGAUCGGAAGGUAAACGAUGCGUUGUAAACCGGAAGAGCUUAAACCGAACCGUUAGCAAUUCGAUCUCUGAGGUUAUAUCAAAGGAAGAGCAAGAGAAGGAGUAUCUGAGACUCGGUUUACCUGUGGUUGGAGGGUUAAGCACUGAGUUCUCCAACGUCAAGAAAGCUGCAGCGAUAGACUACGAGACGGUUUCGGCGACGUGCUUGGCUCUUGCCUCUAGAGCGAAAGACGCUAGACGAGUCUUGGAGCAAUGCGGAGGGGAGAACAGAGAAGGGGAGAGGUUCGUGAAGAAGAUGGUUGAGUUUCUUGAUUCGGUGGAGGAAGAAGUGAAGCUAGCGAGAGAAGAAGAGAAGAGAGUGAUGGAGCUUGUGAAGAGGACAACAGAGUAUUACCAAGCGGGAGCUCCUCUGAAAGGGAGGAAUCCGCUUCAUUUGUUUGUCAUCGUUAGAGAUUUUCUUGGUAUGGUUGAUAAAGUCUGCGUAGAGAUCGCGAGGAACUUGCAGAGGAGAGCCAUGGGGAGUCCUCCUCAGCAGCGGAGCGCGGUUAAGUUUCCGGUUCUGCCUCCGAAUUUCAUGUCGGAGAGAUCGAAAAGCGAUUCUGAUGGGUCAGAUUCCGAUAUGUGA